UGGUCCUGUCAGAGGAACACCAAGCCUUGGCUGGACAGCCAUCCGGGGGAGACCUCGGAUGCGGCCGGCGUGUUCACCGACGACAUCAUCCUGGAGAUCCUCUCCCGCCUCCCAGCCAGAUCCGUCCACCGCUUCAAGUGCGUUUCCGUACCCGGGCGCGACCUCAUCACCGACCCUGCCAACCGCAAGAAGCUGCCCCAGGCCCUCGCCGGCUUCCUGUACAUGUCCUUCCGCAGCGUGCACCACCACCACUUCGCCAGCGUCUCCGGCGGCGCAGCCCCGUUCGACCCUUCCGUCCCUUACCUGCAGCCAAACAAGUACAAGGACAUGGAGCAGGUGGACGCCUGCAAUGGCCUCCUUCUCUACCGCGGCUGCACCAAGAAUUUGCCCCCUUGGGAUUGGAAAGAGGAUGAUUGCCGUUUUGUCGUGUGCAAUCCUGCCACUGGCAGCUGGGUGGAGCUGCCCCCUCAACCUCAACUGCAAGAGCCGGUGAAAGGGCGUAGCCGUGUCGCAGGUUUGGCUUUUGAUCCGACGGUCUCAUCCCAUUUCCAUGUUCUUCGUUUCGAGGAGGCAGACUCGUCGAGCGUGACAGGAGUCAGCAUCUACUCAUCGCGGACAGGAGCCUGGAGUCAUAGGGACAGGGCGAUGGCUGAGGAAGUUACGCUGUCGUAUAGCACUAGAUGUAUCUUUGCUGGCGGCGUGCUCUACCUGAUGGGCUCCCUUCAAAGCACCAACAACGACCAUGUACUGCUGGCAGUGGACAUGGCUGGGAAAGUGUGGAAGACCAUCAGUGUGCCGUAUCCCCGAAGAUUUGCUAUGAUUGGAUCGUCCCAGGGGUGCUUACACUAUGCUAUAGCUUCCGUCAGUGAUGACAACAACAUCCUAGUUUCUAAGAUAGAACUCUGGUGCCUCAAGGAUUGUGAUAGUAAAGAAUGGGUCCUCAAACAUACUGCCAGCAUCGAUAAGCUUAUGGGCAUGACUAUGAAGAAUUACAGGGUGAUCGGGAUCCAUCCAGACUGCAACACCAUUUCCUUGGUUCCAUGUGGAGGUCAUACCUUGCUACCGUAUGAUAUGCAACAUCAGAAAGUUGGAUGCAUCCUUAAUCUUGAGAAAAACAGUACACAACGAUUUCUACCCUAUGUUCCUCUGUUCUCAGAGUCAUUAGCAGAUGCAAAUGGCCGGUAGCUUUAUCUUCAAUGCUUCCUCCAAGAAUUGGCUUUUCUAUCGGCUGAACUAUUUCUAUUAGCCGUCUGCUGCUACUACUAGUACGGCCACCACCACCAACACUGUUAGGCUGUUCCUGGCAUGCCUGAACUAUUUGACUGUCCUGAACUCGUAAUUUCCAUCCGCCAAGCUGGCUAAGUGUGCUCCGGGGGAUGCAACAAGUAUGAUGGCCUGGCAGAUCGAAACAAUGCUCCGACUUAUCAUCUUGUAUAUUAAGCUGCGUUUUCAUAUUGUUUUCCGCAACCCCAAUUGCUGACUGAAUGCUGAUGCUUUGGCAAUGUGUCAUGGGUCUUUCUGCGGAUGAUUCUGCAGUCCUGAUUUGCUGACUGAAUUGCAUACAUCUUUCUGAAGCUUUGCUAUAUAAUAUAUGCGAUGUUAUUUUUGCAACCUUGCUUUGCUGGAUAUUCAUGCGUCUUUCUGAAGUUCUGCUAGCUACUGUCUGUAUUUUCUGCGUGCACGUUGAGAAAAUAAAAUGUAUUAUUAAACAUGGUCGCUGAUUCCUUGUGUUAAUUCAAUUGGAGCUAUUCAAAUGUAUUGUUUUUGCAGGCACCUGUAAGAUGAAGAAGGGAGCGAUCAGAGAAGCAAAAAUUCAUGUUGAUAUAUAGUGAGCUAAAGCUGCCUAUUGAUUUUAUUUUAUGAUGGAAUGAGACUGUUCCUGUGAAAUAAACUUCUGGAGAAUUUUUUGAGUUCCCCUGGUAGAUGCAGAUAUAUUUUACACAUGUAUAAGAACUACUACACAUGUAGACGUUUCA